CUGGAACAGACACGGUUGACAGUGAAUGCAGCAGCGGGGGAGGAUAACAACAUCCUGACAGACAGCGAGGAGGACACCGAUACUUCACUCGAAAGCAGUCAGUUCAGAAGGCUGGUAUGGAUAAUAAGGCAUUGGAACCUGAUUCUGUGAGUAUCCCCAUGGAGGAGACCAUCCUGUGUAAUGGAGGCAGCCAGCCUUUAGCUCAGCCUCCUGUGCAGCAGGAGGCGUCCAUAUUGACCCACCUGAAGAAGGUUGAGAACCAGAUCACUGAUGCACAGCAUUUCUCCCACCUACCCAAACGCUCGGCUGUGGACCUAGAGUUCAUCAACGUCUCCUAUACCAUCCAGGAGGGACCAUGCUGGAGGAGGAGAGGUUUCAAAGCCUUGUUGAAGUGCCUGUCCGGAAAGUUCUGCAGUCGGGAGCUGAUAGGAAUCAUGGGGCCGUCAGGGGCCGGGAAGUCCACCUUAAUGAACAUUUUAGCUGGAUACAGGGAAACAGGGAUGAAGGGUCAGAUCCUGGUAAAUGGGAAACCCAGGGACCUGCGGAAAUUCAGGAAAAUGUCCUGCUACAUCAUGCAGGAAGACAUGCUGUUGCCACAUCUCACUGCCAGGGAGGCCAUGAUGGUUUCAGCCAACCUAAAGCUUGAUGAAGUUAUGGAUGUCAAAAAAGAGCUGGUGAAUGAGAUCCUGACUGCCUUAGGGCUCCUCGACUGCGCUCACACUCGUACCAGUUCGCUGUCUGGUGGUCAGUGUAAACGUCUGGCCAUUGCCCUGGAGCUGGUCAACAAUCCUCCAGUCAUGUUCUUUGAUGAGCCCACCAGUGGCUUAGACAGUGUGUCAUGCUACCAGGUGGUGUCCCUAAUGCGGUCCUUGGCCCUGGGUGGACGUACCAUCAUCUGCACUAUUCAUCAACCAAGUGCCAAACUGUUUGAGAUGUUUGACAAGCUUUACAUCCUCAGUCAGGGACAGUGUAUCUACAAAGGUACAGUCCCUUACCUCAUCCCCUAUCUGAAGACCCUGGGCUUGUACUGUCCUACCUACCACAACCCGGCAGACUUCAUCAUUGAAGUGGCAUCAGGGGAAUAUGGAGACCUGAACCCUGUGCUGUUUGAGGCAGUCCAAGGUGGGAUGUGUGCGUUAGAAGAGAAGAAGAAGUGCGACACCAACGGGCAAUCAGUCUGUACAUCAAAGUUCCCUGUGGAGACUGGCCACAUAGAGAGCCAUACGUUUGCCACAAGCACACUAACACAGUUCUGUAUCCUCUUCAAGAGAACCCUCAUAACUAUAUGUCGAGACCAGGUGUUAACCCACCUCAGACUGAUGUCUCACAUCUCCAUAGGUGUGUUAAUAGGUUUGCUCUAUCUGAACAUUGGCAAUGACGCCAGCAAAGUGUUUAACAACACCGGAUUUCUCUUCUUCUCUAUGCUCUUCCUCAUGUUUGGAGCACUCAUGCCGACCGUGUUAACCUUUCCUCUGGAGAUGUCUGUGUUCCUGAGGGAGCAUCUUAACUACUGGUACAGCCUGAAAGCAUACUACCUUGCCAAGACCGUGGCUGAUAUCCCAUUCCAGGUGAUCUGCCCCAUCAUGUACUGCAGUAUAGUGUACUGGAUGACAGAGCAGCCUCCUGAGGCCACCCGCUACCUACUCUUCAUAGCCCUGUCCACCUGCACCGCCCUGGUAGCCCAGUCCCUCGGCCUGCUGGUGGGCGCUGCCUCCUCCUCACUACAGGUAGCCACAUUUGUUGGACCGGUCACAGCCAUCCCAGUGCUUCUUUUCUCUGGAUUCUUUGUGAACUUUGACACAAUCCCCAAGUAUCUGCAGUGGAGCUCCUAUGUGUCUUACGUCAGAUACGGGUUUGAAGGGGUGAUCCUGUCCAUCUACGGGAUGAACCGCUCCGAGCUGGAGUGUCCGGGGCAAGUGUGUAAGUUCCAACAGCCUGAAGAGGUUCUGCAGCUGCUGGAUGUCGAAGACGCAAAGCUCUACGUAGAUUUUAUUGUCCUGGGCGUUUUUUUCAUCAUCCUCCGGCUGGCUACUUACCUCGUCCUCCGCUACAAGGUCAAGUCUGAGAGAUAGGUUUCAUUCAGCUCGUCUUCAGAGCAUCAGCUCUCCCCAAUGUCGCACCAGACCUGGACCCUUUACUGUGCACAGAAAACAUGUCAGGUUCAUUUCAUUUAAUUCAUUGCUGCUAAAAGGACUGAACGCAAAUUCCGAUUGUUCUGCUGCCAACAAAGCUGACAACGAAGCUUACAGUGCAGAGCAGAGAGGAACCAUCUCCUAAAUCAACUUGCACCUGUUUUACCUCAUCAAGACUUAAGUGCACAAAGCCACACCGGCAGUGAGCAGGCGACUCUGCAGACAAGACUGAGCCUCAUCCAACAGCGCAUACCGUACUUUGAUAAAACAGAAAUGUUUUUAUGCAGUAGCACACAUGAGAAUGGACAUGUUUGCUUAUUCCACACUGUACUGCCACUCUGUCAGUGUUGUAGUGUUUGGACUUUUGGUCCACAAAACUGCCCCUUUUGAGAAAUGCAAAUACAAACAGUGUUUACAUUACUCUUUAAGCCAAAAAAAAAAAAAAAUGCACUGGAAAAUAAGUGUAAUGAUUUGUGCCUGAAAGUGUGGAAAUGAAUGACCAUUUCUCGGUAGGAAUCAUGAGAUAAUGUCUGUAUGGUGGAUGAAAGCAGUUUAUAUAUAUAUAUAUAUAUAUAUAUAUAUAUAUAUAUAUAUAUAUAUAUAUAUAUAUAUAUAUUUGUGUUGUCAUGUGACUCAAAUCAUGUGACACUCCCCCAAACUUAACAAGAAAAUCAAAACAUUGUUUUCACUGUCUUUCUUUAUUUUUUUUUCAUUUAAAAAAAAAAAACCUUGAUAGUUGUAAAUUAAGCUUUCAUAUGAUUGCCUUCUGGUAUUUGGUAUUUUUUGUACUUCCAUGAUCUAAUCUAAAAUCUUUUAAAUCUUAGUUGCAAAUUGUAAAGCCUUAAUCAUUUACCCUCUGCUGUAUUAUCUUUAAUAUUCUAUGCAUAUGCAGUCAUAUUAAUGUAUUUAUACAAAAUAGAUAAGUACAUGUAUCGUUAUUGUUUUGUGUCCAGUGCCCCAAGGACACAACAUUCUCAUGCAGUCACAUUUGGUGCUAUCUGACAUUUCAUGUUUAGUUGGAAUUAUUAUUAUUAUUACGUUAUUGCCAUUUACAAAAUAUGAAGUAUCUGAAGAGUAACCAAAGAGAAUACAAUGUAACUGGAAUUAUGUGCAUAUUUUAUUUACGACUUCAUAGCCGUUUUUCUGUUUGUUUGGUGUUAUGACCACUUGUUUGUCAAUUACUGUAUUUCAUUCCGUGUUGAAACAGACUUACAGCUUGAACUGUACAUAAGGGCAUCGUACAGCUAUGUAAACAGACUCAUAUUCCAAUAAACACUGGUCUGACUACUUCAACCUUA